UUUGGGGUUUUUUUUUCAUUUCUUUCUUUGACUAGGGCGGCAUGUACCUGUUUCAGCUGGUCGACUGGUAUAUCGCCGCCUAUGUCUUGAUUGUGGAUAGCAUUUUGGAGCUGUUCAUUAUUAGCUGGAUCUACGGAGCUGAACGCUUCUUUGAUGACAUAAAGCUCAUGCUAGGAUAUCGACCACCGUACAUUUUUGCUAUAUUUUGGAGAUUUCUCACCCCACUAUUCCUCAUGACUGUACUGGUCAACACACUGUGGACGUAUGGACCUCCUGUCUACCAAGACUACCACUACAGUCAGACAGAAGUAGCCAUCGGCUGGUGUUUUGCUACGGUCUCCUUCCUCCCCGUCCCCAUUUACGCUGUCUACAUUCUGGUGAAAACACGUGGAUCCUUUAUACAGGUGCGUCCUUCAUGCGGGUUGUUGGGGAAACUCUCUGUAAUUGUUGUGUGUUUGAAUUAACAUUAAGUCGAGUCAUCUGCGUCGAUUCCUGAUUAAUGUCUGUUUUCUCUCAAAUGGUAUAAAUGCUGUGUAUAUGUGUGAUUCUCUCUCUCUCUCUCU